UAUCUUUGCAAAACAUCUUUCAGUGAAAAAUCAGUAUAACAUACAAAUUCAAAAUGACUCGUGAAAGUUGGAAGGACUCCUCCUCUGAUUGGCGGGACUCGCCGUUUUUUGUCGUCCUUUACGAAUACACAGUGAAAAAUGCCGGUAUGCCCAACGAUAUGGGCACUUUAAUUGCCUAUUUGCUGCUUUUUCUGGUAACUUGGUAUUUGCUUCUCUGGACCGCGCGUUUCGUGCUCUCACUGGUGUGGCCUGUGCUUCUUGUGGUGUCGGCGCUGUUUUUAUUCCGUUUCCUGCGAACAUUUGAGCAGGAGGAUCUGGUGGAUAUGUUGGUGCAGGCGUUUUCACUGAUGGCCGAUACUGUUGUGGCAGUAAUAGCAAAAGGCCUAGAUCUUGUUCUAGGCGUGCUUAGCUAAAUUGCCUUCAGGGGCUGAUCUUGAACAUUUGACUACACCAGAACACCUAAAUUAAUAUCAAU